CGUGAAGGUCCACUUUUUUCCCUUCUUUUUGUUUUUACGACAUGCCAAAACCAGAGGAAUUAGAAAGAAAGAUUCACCCUUUACCCUUUCAGUUCUUAUAUCAGGAAAUUCUGUGGGCCAAUAGAACAGUCAUUGCCGCUUCUGCAGCAGCUGUUGUUGGCGUGAUAUCAGGUUAUCCUUUUGAUUCUAUAAAAACAAGGCUUCAAACUCAACACUAUGAUUCUAUCAAGGCAUGUAUCAAACAGACCUAUAAGGAAGAGGGCAUACAAGGGUUUUUUAGAGGCAUCAUACCACCCUUGAUUACAGUCAGUAUCAUCAAGUCUAUAUCAUUUUCAGUUUACGAACAAUCCAAAGCAUUUUGUAAACAGUACAGUCCAGCAGUAUUUGAUCAAAAUACACUACUGUCAACCAUGAAUGUAUCAACAACGGCAGGUUCAGUCAGUGGUGCGUUUAUUGCUUCCUUAAGCUGCCCUUUUGAACUUGUCAAGAUACAGAAACAGUUAGAAUACUUGCUGCAGGCCAGUAGUAUUUCUACAGGUGAUCUAGCCAUGGUGCGUCCUGUGAAUAAUGACCUUAAACCCACUAUCAAUCGGACUGUAGGCGCGGGACUUCCUGUCACACCGACGUCUAGUCCUCCACAACCAAGAAAUACCUCACCUUGCAUAACACAUAAGCGCACCAUGUACACCUCGACAUCAAGCUGGCAUUCUGCAAAAGAAAUCUUAAAAAAGAGAGGGCUUCUAGGUUUAUACAGCGGCUUUAGUCUUCACCUGGCAAGAGAUGCUAUCGGAACAGGUGUCUAUUUUGGGGGCUAUGAGACAACAAAGUAUCUUCUAAGUCACCUACAAAACACAACAGCAGGACCAGGUACGCAGUUUCUUGCUGGGGGUAUUUGCGGCAUAAUGUGCUGGAUUGUGGUAUUCCCACUAGAUCUUGUGAAGAGUUUAAUCCAAAAAGAGAUAUUGCACCCAUUCCCAAAGUACAAAAGCACAAAGCAGUGUGUUCAAGAGAUUUAUCAACGAAAUGGAAUUGCUGGAUUCUACAGAGGCAUCUCGGUUACCUUAAUACGCGCUUUUCCUAUUCAUUCUUUAAACUUUUUGGUUUAUGAACAAACACUGGUGCUUGUACGUCAUUUAUCAAAUCAUUAGAGUCCUUUUUUUAUCAUGAAUGAUCAUAAAUAGAGAUACCCUUAUACGGCUGGUAAAUUUUGUGCGUUAU